AUGCAUGCUAGCUCUCCUGAACAUGAUGGCUGCUUAGAUUGCCUAGCAGGAGCUCAUGAGCUGCGGGAGAGUCCUGACCAGCCCUCUGCCUUAAGCAAAACUCUGUCACUGGCUGCUGUUGCAACAGAAGACCAGAUGUGCUGUAUCCCCAUGCUGGGAGCCUUCCCUGGUUCCACUUCAUCAACCUCGAGGGUCGGCAGCAGGCUCCUUGGCGAGGACAGGCCGGCCGGGACCCGCGGCUUGCCGUGGGUGCCCUUGGAGCCGCGCCAGGGCCCGUCAGGCUACCGCGUUACCGGCGGCCGCACUGACCCGCCCGCGAACCCUCCAGGCGCCUCCCAGGGGGCGGCGGGGAACUACACUCCCCACAAUGCCCAGCGGUGCGCCCGGCCAAUGGCAACGCGCCGCGGCGCCGGCCGGCCGCGGGGCGGUGAGGUGGGGUGUGCGCUGCGCUGCGGGCGGAGCGCCGCUCGGCCCGGCGGGAUGGCCGCCGUGACGGCGCUGGCGCUGGGCGGGACGCUGCUCCUGGCAGCCUGGCGCUGGCUGCGGCGCGCCGUCCGGGCCGCCGGGGCCGGGGCCUCAAUGCGGGGCAAGACGGUGAUCAUCACGGGCGCCAACAGCGGGCUGGGCCGGGCGGCGGCGACGGAGCUGCUGCGGAUGCGCGCCCGCGUCAUCAUGGGCUGCCGCGACCGGGCGCGAGCCGAGCGGGCGGCCCGCGAGAUCCGGGCCGAGCUGGGCGAGCCGGAGGAGGCCGAGGGCGGCGGCGAGCUGGUGGUCCGCGAGCUGGACCUGGCCUCGCUCCGCUCCGUCCGCGCUUUCUGCCACCGCGUCCUCCAGGAGGAGCCAAGGCUGGAUGUUCUGAUAAAUAAUGCAGGGAUAUUCCAGUGUCCAUACAUGAAGACAGAAGAUGGUUUUGAGAUGCAAUUCGGCGUAAACCACUUGGGUCACUUCUUGCUCACUAACCUUCUACUGGGCCUCCUCAAAAAUUCGGCUCCGAGCAGGAUUGUGGUAGUAUCCUCAAAGCUUUACAAAUACGGAGAGAUCAACUUUGAAGACUUGAACAGUGAAAUAAGUUACAAUAAAAGUUUUUCUUACAGCCGGAGCAAACUGGCAAACAUCUUAUUUGCAAGGGAGCUGGCCCGUCGGUUAGAGGGGACAGGAGUCACUGUCAACUCGCUUCAUCCUGGGAUUGUAAGAACAAAUCUAGGCAGACAUGUGAAUAUUCCUUUGCUAGCAAAACCCCUUUUCAACUUGGUGUCGUGGGCUUUCUUCAAAACACCUCUGGAAGGAGCCCAGACUUCUAUUUAUUUAGCCUCAUCUCCUGAUGUCGAAGGUGUGUCAGGAAAAUAUUUUGGGGACUGCAAAGAGGAGGAACUCCUGCCCAAAGCCAUGGAUGAUGUCGUUGCAAGAAAGUUGUGGGAUAUCAGUGAAGUGAUGGUUGGCUUAUUGAAAUAAGUGCCAUGGGAUAUCUGCAAAACAGAAUGCAGAUAACUAUGCAACACAUGUUUGCAGCAGUGUAAUUCUCACUUUAAAUGCCGUGGAAAUACAGAUUACUUUGCUCAAUAAGUAUUGAAUAGAGGACUGGUUUAUGCUGGGACUCUGUUUUGAAAUAAAGGACAAUAUUCUUUAAUAGCCACAGGCAUUCAAAAAAAGUCCGAAAUAGAGUUUGAGGGUGUGAAUGUUAAGUCUACUUGUAAACUUAUGUUUUACAAAUAAGAAUUAAAACUGUGUUUUGCAAUAUAUAUGCAUAUUUAUCAUGUUCCACUACUUAUAGUUGGGCUGGGAGGUGCAGGGUACUGAUGGUAAAACACUUCUGGAAAAUAUUUUGGAAAUAGUUCUUAAUAAUAAUGGGAUUGUUGUAUUUUUUGAGCCAUCACAAUGAAAAAUGGAAUAAACCAUUUUAGCAGUGUCUUACACUAUAAUCACUGAGGCCUGUGAGUGCUGUUCAGAGACUUCUUAUCAGCCCCAUGGUUUGGUGAACAAAACUGAGCCAUACCUAGUUUAGCUGUGAAGCACAAAGUCAACCUUUUUGAGUGAUGUCGCUGCUAUUUGGUGAAUACAUGCACUUGGUUGUGCAGGCUGUAUUUUUAUUUUCAUGUGUGCUGAACUUGCUAUUGAUUUGCAGAUACCUUGGGUUUCAUUAGAAAUAUAGUCGACAGAUAUUUUACAAUCUUGAUAGGAUUUGCAUGUCAAGAAUUGUGCACAUACAGAGUUCACAAACCCUCACACAGGUUACACCGAAGAGAAUAAGCUUUUCAGUGUGUUUGUCUUGACUGAUGGCACUUUAACUCAGUAACAAGAUUAGAUGAGUCUGUCUAAUAUAGCUUACUGAAUAUUCUUUAAUAAAAUCUGUAACAAUUUAAAAUACUUGGCAUUCAUUCUUUCAUUGUGGAAAAUCUAUCAGAAAUCAUCUCUUGACAACACCCUUGUUUCAAAUCAGAAGAUUCACCUGUUUUGGUUUAGGGAGCCUGACUUGUAGGGUUGGCAGAAAUAUAAUGGGCUCGAAAUAAAUGCAGGGGUAUUACA